AUGUCUCCGAUAAUCUCAGCUAUCAAGAGUGCCAAACUUGCUCGUGAGGCGAUCUCCGAUCGCCUCUCCGUGUAUAGUAACGGGACAGGAGUUGCUUCUUCUGGAGCCAAACCACUUAGAAGAAAGUUCGGUUCUUCUGAACCAAUUGCUAGAGUCCACAACAAAACAGCCUCCAUUCUCGAGUGUCUGCCAUUAUAUACCGAGGAUGGAUUCAUUUUGGAUGGCAGUGGAAGAAAAAUCACCCUCAAGGGGAUUAAUGUAGACUGUUCGAUGAAACUACCUGCUAUGCCCUUUAUGCCUUCAUACGAAGGCAACAAUACUGAACCUUCGAAUAUCUUUUUCCGAGGAGAAAACGUAUCAUUUGUUGGCCGGCCAUUUCCGCUAGAAGAGGCUGAGCUGCACUUGAAUAGAAUUAAACUGUGGGGUUUCAACACUAUUCGGUACUUGAUCACCUGGGAAGCAUUAGAACAUGCCGGGCCAGGCAAGUACGACGAAGAUUUCAUUGACUAUACUGUACAGUUGCUCCGAAUAAUUCACAAAGUGGGUGGCCUCUACGUGUUCUUGGAAUGUCACCAGGAUGUGUGGUCGAGGUACUCGGGUGGAUCUGGAGCCCCUCUUUGGACUUUCCAUGCUGCUGGUUUGCAGCCGACACGGUUUUCUGCUACUGAGGCUGCCAUAUUGCAUAAUGACCCAAGAUUUGAGAAGGGAAGAACUGAUCCAGAGUGUUACCUGAAGAUGCUCUGGACCUCGAACUACAGAAGAUUGGCUCUGUUCACUAUGUUUACUCUUUUCUUCUCGGGUGCCACAUAUUUUCCCCAUUUAAAGAUCAAUGGUGUCAACAUACAACAUUUCCUUCAAGAAUCUCUCAAUAAAUGUCUUCAGCAUCUAUGGGAUACUGUUGUUACGAGGCUCCCAGAAAUGUUAGAGAAUGGUUCAUUGCUUGGGUUUGAGCUGUUGAAUGAGCCAAAUUGUGGACUUGUGGGUCAUGAGCAUUUGUCAUACGUUCCUAAUGGUCAACAGUUAAGAAUUGACACUUGUCCAACUGUAUAUCAAUGUUUCCGUUUGGGAAUGGGCCUUCCUGCUGAAAUCGAUGUUUACAAGAUUACCUUGACUGGUCCUCAAAAAGAUAGCGUCAAGUUGGUUGAUCCUCGUGGCCAAAGUGCUUGGCUUUCCCCUGAAGAAGGUACCGCUAUAGACGAAAAGUAUGGAUGGACACGUGAAGGAUGGGAAUUUGGCAAAUGUAUCUAUGCGGGCGUCAACAUCUGGAGGUGGAAUAAGAACGCAAAUUUGGACGAACUCGCAAGCAUGUCACAAGAUGCAAGAAUCGACUUCAGCUACAACGAAUGUGAACUAUUGUUACCUAAUUAUUUCAACGAAGUUUCACCUAAACUUUCAUUCGACGUGACGGAUGAGAAGCUUCCAAAGAAAAUCGAUAUUAACUUUUUCAUCAAUACUUUCUUUGUGGACUAUUAUGUGAAUUUUAAGAACAUGAUAAGAGCUUUGGCGCCCCAGGUGUUUGUCUUGCUCCAGCCUCCGGUUCUUGAACUCCCCCCAAACUUGAAGGAUAACAGGCUGGGUAUCAUUGAUAAGAAAACAAUCUAUUGUCCUCAUUAUUAUGAUGGGUUGUCGUUGAUGUUCAAGAGCUGGAACUACGUUUACAAUGUCGACACCCUUGGAAUCAUGCGCGGGCGUUACUUCAACCCUGUGUUGGGUAUAGUAUUCGGAGAACGUGCCAUUCGGAACUGUAUUAAGAAGCAGUUCAUUGAAAUCUCAAAUGAAGGAAAGAAAUAUUUGGGAAAUAUUCCAGUGCUCAUGUCCGAGACUGGCAUGCCAUUUGAUAUGGAUAAUAAAAAAGCAUACGAAGACGGCCGCUAUACCCAGCAGACUUCCGCGAUUGAUGCACUUGCUAAUGCAUUGGAAGGGCUGCAAAUGCAUUUUACUUACUGGUGUUACAGUAGUCUCAAUUCUCACAAAUGGGGAGACCGCUGGAACAACGAAGAUUUCUCAUUUUGGUCACCAGAAGAUAGAGAUUUGGCAUUUGAUGAUGACGAUUCAGAUUCACUCUCAAGAUCGCCUUCAAGAAGAAGCAGUGUGACACCAUCGCUUAAAGCGAUUCGUUGCAUGAAGGAGAGUGGACUGAGUCACGUUUUGAAGGCAAAGAUUGCCUAUCAUAAGAAGAAGAUGCUUCCUUCAAUGUUUAAAAAGUCCUUCUUGAGUGGUUUGGGAGAAGAAGAAACAGAGGAGUCGGACGAUUCCUCAGUGGGCUAUGAUACUUCAACUUUAAUUUCUGUUUCCACUGAUAACCUUCGAUAUAGGCAUUUCAGGCAAUGCUAUCCGUCACCAGAUGGAGUGAGAGCUGUUAGUGCAGUCAUCCGUCCUUUCUUGAUUGCAACCGCGGCAGUAAUGAAGGCAUCUGAGUUUGAUAUUAAGAUAUCGAAAUUUGCUUUGACAGUCUCAAUUGACAAGGAGCUGACUUGGAAUGACUUCCAGAAAAAGCCUACUUUAAUCUUCGUUCCUAAAUGGCACUACCCAUAUUUGAACUACAGUGAUAUUUCUUUGACUUAUGGCCACAUUCAAUACAACGAUGAAUUGGAAUAUUUGGAGUGGUACCAUUAUGAUAUCGGCGACGAUGAAAGUACCUGGUCGAUGAGUCGUGCUGGAAACGACGAAACCAUAAUAAUCAAAAGUAAUAGCGGGAGAAUCGAAGAUAUUUCGCCUAAGGAAGAAGCACAGGCAGGUGAAUGCCCUAUCAAUUAA